AUGCGAAGGGAAAAUCCGAAACCUUUCGAACUAGAACCCGAAGACUUCGUCAGCGAUGUUGAAGAUGCAAACGAUGUUACGGAAAGACAGACGAAGCUGUUGGUAGCCCUGUGCGCGUGUGCGUGCGCUUGCGCGCUGGCGACGUCGCCCUCGUCGGCCGCCGGAGGGGAGUACGUGCUGGUGGCACGCGUGCGGCGGGGCGUGGAGCACGGCGGCGGCAGCGAGAUCGUGGAGGACGGCGGCCACAGCCAGCCGCAGGUCAUCCAGGUCCCGGUGGCCAGCCCCUACGCCGUGCCCGUGCACCACCCCAUCCCGCAGCUCAUCCAGAAGCCCUACCCGCUGCACGUGCGCAUUCCCGUGCCCAUCCCGGUGCCCGUCGUCAAGACCGUCACGAUCCACGUUGACAAGCCCGUGCCGGUGCACGUGGAGAAGCUGGUGCCGUACCCGGUGGAGAAGCACUAUCCCGUGCGCGUGGAGAAGCACGUGCCCGUGCCCAUUCCCAAGCCCGUGCCCAUCAAGGUGCCCGUCGUCAAGACCAUCCACCACCACGUCAAGCACUGA